AUGACAAAGGCUGUAAUGGUGAGGUGUUACCUGCUCUUUUUAUUACCUCUUACACUCUGUUGUGCUUGUGGGUUAGUAUGGGCUGAUAUUCCUAAAGAUUCUGAGUCCAGUAAUUGUGUGACUUAUGUUGGUGUUCCUCCUUUUAUUGUUGAGACUGUCCCUUGCGAUACGGCUCGUACUGCUCCUACGGCUGCUGAACCCACAAAACCUGCUCCAGGUAAGCCGGGUCCCGAUACUCCUGGUGAUCAUAGUGGGAGAGAAGUUAACCAAGUCACUACGAAUUCGCAUCAAGAGCAAGAAGUAUCCCAAAGUGAUCACGAAAAGUUAACAGGUGAUUCUGAAAAUAAACGUAGAACAGGAACUCAGGUUGUUGAGCAGAUCUUAAAAGGAGACGGUACCCCAUCAAGUACUCCGGUAAACAAUAACUCUGUUAGUUCCCUUGAUUCUGCAGAAGGACGGAUUGCAAAACCAACAGAAGAGCAUCCCCCUCCAACUUCUCCUGUUUCUGAUAGACAACAGUCAGGUGAGGCCCCUUCUGUAUCAACACAAGCAAAUAGAGAGAACCCAACAGUCUCAGAAUCUGCACCUAAUGGUGGCAAGCAUAGGAGUCCACAUGAGAACACAUCACCACUGCAAGAACAAGAAGAAGGAGGUGCAACCACUCGGGGUUCACAAGUUACAACUAACACUGAGGAGUCAUACGGGACAGGGAACAAACAGUCAACAACGAACACAGAGAAUACCAAUAUACCCAAUAGUGAGAAAUCAACCACCACCACCACAACAACAACAACAAUACUUCCUCCUGAACUCACAAACAACAAGAAGGGUGAUGCAGACAGCAGCAGCAGUAUCAGCAGUUCUGUGUGGGUGCGUGUGCCACUACUGAUUGUGGUUACACUGGCCUGUAUUCUUGUGUGCUGA